AUGCUCCCUUCCCCUUCCCUGUGCCUGGACGACCAAAUCCAUGAUGUGGACUCUGCAAUGGAGGAGGUGGAGGAGAAUCCCAACAACAAUGAAAAUGAGGAUGACCAGCCUUCCAGUAACAAGAACAAGGAUGACCUGCCAUCCAGUAGUGAGAAAGAGGAUGACCAGCUGCCCAGUAGCAAUGAUUAUGACAAGGGUUCCAAUUACAAUGAGAAUGACAAUGACAAUGAGGAGAUGGAGAGCUCGAGCAACUCCCAUGAUGAUGAUGAUGCAUGUGCUCGCAAUGCUCAGACCAUUUCUUGUGCCCAGUCCCUGCUUCCCCCAUCCUUGCCACCCACAUAUGAGUCUGAUGACUCUGCCCAUCCUACUUCAGAAGAAGGGCAAAGUGACCAUGACACCCAACUCCUGAACCUCAAGAAGCUGGGGAAUCUGUCCACAGCAGCAUUAGAUGAAAUACAUGCUUUUGCAAAGGAUUCUACACAUGACAUACUCAUUGCUAUGGGAUUUAGUGUUAAGGCUUCUCAUACCAAAAUUAAUGAGGCCAAUCUCUUCCACUUGUGGUAUUGGGCCAUGCAGCCCAAACCAGAUGGUGCUAGUCAAAAUUCAAUCAACAAUUUGAUUACAAAGGAGUACAACACCCUCAUGAUAGGCAUCCCCAAGGAUGACUUCACAGCAAGGAGGGAAAAGUUAAAAGCCAUCUAUGAGUGGACUAGAGUGGACAAUGCAAAGACACAAUUUUCUGGAUUGGCAGAGGCAUGGUCCAAUCUCAAGGAUAUUGAGAUAGUUGGAGCAGUAAUGUAUGUUGGACAGGACCCUGCAGGAUGUCAAACUUCUGGCAUAUUUGGAGGUUCCAAGAUGAUGAGAAACUUCAUCAAUGAAAAUGGCAUUGAUGUCCAGUCACUCAUGGAUAAGUAUACCAUGAUUUUCAAGUGUCUCAGGAAUGGCAAUGGUGCAGAUGCCAGGGUGGCUGGCACUGGUUCCAUUGGAGAUGUGGGUUCUGUGCUGGAACUACAUUGCUGUACAAAGGAGACUCCAAGAGACCACAACCACAGAGUAUCCAGAAGCAUGAUGAAGGAGAAGAUGUUGGCUGCAUUGAGAGAUCUGCAUGUCACACAUGGCAUUGAAGUUGGUGAUCCCCAGAGAGUUUCCUGGCACUGGCUUCUCGAGUUUUUGUGGAAGAGCCACCUCACUAUUGUCAACUGGCCCCAUGGUGUAUCUCCACCAGGCCCUGGUUUCAAGUACAAAAAACUGGGUCUUUUGUAUGAUGGGCAAACUGAUGAUGAGGAAGAACAAGAUAGUCUGGAUGAUUUGGAUGCUGACCCUUUGAAGGGUGAGAUCGUGCUCAUCAAAGCUACCGAUGGUACUGUUUUGCAGCAGAUCUCAGAUGAUCCAGAGUGGCAGAAGUCCCUCAAGGAAACAGAUCACCAGCAGCAAGGCACAGAGGUCCUUCAACAGCCACAACCCCAACUGCAGCAACAACUCCCUUUUCCCUCUCAGAAGCAACCCUGUGUGGAGGCAUCAAAUUGCAAUACUAUUGGUCCCCAGGCUUUACAGUCUGACUGUCAAACUGUGCCACAUGAUCAACACCAGGAUGUGCGCCCCAUUGGACAAGAUUCAUGUCAUGACCUGUCCACAAUUCCAAGCAAUGUGCACACUCGAGAGCCUGGCCCAUCCAAGCCUCCUGUGCUGGCUCUGUGA